CCCUCAGCGUCACUCCGAUAUAAACUCCCUCCUUUGAGAGCUCUCCUCCUCCUGCCAGCAGCAGACCUCCGCUCUGACGACUUCUCCUCGGCUUUACGUAAAGACAGUCAUUUGCCACCACCAUGUCUGCUGGAAACGCUAAGAUUGGCAGCCCUGCUCCGGCCUUCACAGCCACAGCUGUAGUGGAUGGACAAUUCAAAGAAAUCAGUCUGUCAGACUACAAAGGGAAGUACGUCGUCUUCUUCUUCUACCCUCUGGACUUCACGUUUGUGUGCCCCACUGAGAUCAUCGCUUUCAGCGACAGGGCGGAGGAGUUCCGCAACAUCGGCUGCGAAGUCAUCGGCUGCUCCGUAGACUCUCACUUCACUCACUUGGCAUGGACCAACACACCAAGGAAGGAGGGAGGUCUGGGUAAAAUGAAAAUCCCCCUUGUGUCAGACCUCACCAAGUCAAUUGCCACAGACUACGGCGUGCUGAAGGAGGACGACGGCGUCUCAUUCAGGGGUCUGUUUGUGAUUGACACUAAGGGCAUCUUGAGGCAGAUCACCAUCAACGACUUGCCAGUGGGUCGCUCUGUUGACGAGACUCUGCGCCUCGUCCAGGCCUUCCAGCACACCGACAAACAUGGAGAGGUGUGCCCUGCUGGCUGGAAACCCGGGAGCGACACCAUCGUCCCAGACGUCCAGGGGAGCAAAGCUUACUUCUCCAAGCAGUAAAUGUGAAGGUGUUCCAGCUCACUUCCUAACCAUAGCACUUGGCCUUCAGAUGAGAGGUGUCCCUAUGAAGCAGUAUCUCAUGGCGUCCAAUCUAAUGUAUUAAACCCUGCAAAACUUCAGAACUUGUUAGGUAAAUCUUUUGUUGCAAAUCUUUAUCUUUGUACGUCCAGUGUACAAUUGGUGGGGCGACCUCAUAGUCUCAAGCACUGAAACUAUAGUUGUUUUGUUCCUUUUUCAGAAAAAAAUGCUGUCUUUCCUGGCUGUAAUUUAAUAAUUUGCUUUAUUAAAACAGUGGGGAAAUUGA